AUGGCUUAUGCAGCACCAGGGGUAGCUUCAACUAAGGAGACGACUAAUUAUGCUCGCCUCUGUCGUCUCCUGGUCGAUAUUGGAACCCAGGCCCUCAGGAACACGUUUGACACCAUUCACCCUCCAGCAAAUCUUUACACUGUUUUAUCGGCCAAUAAAACCACAUUGCAGUCUCUCAAAAACAAGAAAGUUAUCAAUCCAAUACAAUGGGGCAAACUCUUUCCUGUCAUCUCGGCUGCUGUUUCUUCUAGGGACUUCGACACUACACUUUUGAUGGUUUUGCUAAGGAAUAUAUGUGGUCUUAGUCCACCGCUCGCUGGCUGGGACUCUUUACCUGAUGCAUUAGACCUGAGUCUUGAAGCUGAUCUUGCUCGUAUCAAGUAUUACAGGAACACCAUAUACGGGCAUGCUGAACAGGCAUCUGUUGAUGACGUCACAUUCAAUGACUUCUGGUGUGACAUACGUGACACGCUGGUGAGAUUGGGAGGCGUGACUUAUGCAGCUGCUGUGGAUAGUCUGAAGGAUGAAUGUAUGGAUCCGCAAGUUGAAGAUCAUUAUAAGGAGCUGCUGAGGCAGUGGAAAAAGGACGAGGACAGUGUUAAAGAACAACUCGACCAGAUCAAAGAGAAGCUGGAGAUGCUGGAGUUUUUAGCAAUAUCAAAAGAAGAUAUUGGUAAGUAAUUGCCCUCUCAUCAGUAAAAAAUGAACAGAGGAAGGUAUUUUUGAAGUUAAGGUACGUAGGACUGAUGGCCACUUUGGCUGCAUUUUUGCUGAAAUCCCGGCUAUUAAAAGGAAUUUCAAAACCGAUGAUUUGAGCAUAAAAGCUCAAUCUUAAAAUUUGUGUUUUUAAAAUGAAGUGGAUUCAAGGACCAUUCUGCGAUAACAUUACAAUAAAAGAACAGCAAAGCAAUAGAGUCAACCCUCUCUCCAUCAUUGGUACUUGUACUUAGAGUCUCUCUCAAGACGCUCUGUCAUUGACAGCUAGUCAAAAAAUUCCCUAAAGAAACUGCAGGGACCAACUCCGUGUGUUCUUUUAAGGUGAUUGUCUUAAAGUUUCUCUUAACUUUGAAAAAGUAUCAGUAACUGCGUUAAUUACAGUUAGUUCAGUCUAUGGCGCAUUUUUAAGUAGUUAGUGUCUUCAGCCUUUGGUCGUAGAAGCCUUCUUCCCCUGUUUAAAGGUUUGGGCCUAGAUUGAUCUCUACUUCAUUUUUGACAUCAUAUCCUUUACUAUAGCAACCAUGUGGUACAGAUUUGGCUAAAAUUUGCCUAAGAAAUAAAUGAACAGCUGCUGAAGGAGAGAACUUUUUGCUGACGAUUUCAAUAAUUUAAAGGAAACGAUAACUUGUGGUCGUGACUGUUCCCCCACACUCCUGAAAAAAUUUGGGCAAAUGCUUGGGCGAUUUAGCUACCCAGCCAAUGGCUUUGAAACCAAGUUGUAAGAGCUCGGAAUUGGAACUUCAUAUUGGUCGCUUACAUUUAUGCUAGAAUGAGUUGGAGAUAGUUAUCAAGUACACUAAUCAUAAUUUAUGUGCUUGUGUUAAGAUGGUUCUUUCACCUCCUCCAAAGUGACUGACAUUCGUGCCAUAUGCAAAGAACCCUUUCACGAGAAUGAGCUACUCCAUUAUUACUGCAAAGAAUGCAGCGUUUGCAUCUGUCACAAAUGUGGACAGACUCGUCAUAAUCAACACAGGAAAGUGGACAUACAAGAAGCAGCUAACGAGAGGAAAGAUCAGAGGAGGAAGGUCGUGGAUCGAGCCAAGAGUGAAGUUUUCUAUCUUGAAGAAACGGUCGAAGAGCAAAGAAGGUUGAUGAAAGCAAAUGAAAAAGAACUCGUUGCCACAAAGAAUAAGGUGACGGAACAAGUGCAAGAAGUUAUUAGACAGUUAAAAGAACAUGAAGAUGAGAUAAAGACGCAAAUAACAGAACUUACUAAGAUGCAACAGAAACAACACUUAACGCGUCUGGAAUACUUACAGUCACGCAUAAAUCAACUGAAUGUUUCUAUUGAAUAUGACGAAGGGGUCUUGGCGAAAAGUGACUGCUUUGAAAUACUACAGGCUGAAAAAGAUGCCUUCAGUCUCCAUGAAGAAAAUCUGAAUCUUCAGGGAAUUGAAAGUUACAGACUAGAGCAUUCUUAUUACGUUUGUAAACAAGAAAGUUUGAAUGUGUUAAGACAUUUGGAGCUGGGCAAAAUAGUCGCAAGUCAUACUGAUCCUUCAAAGUCAUGGGCCGACGGAAAAGGUCUCAAGGAAGCAAAACAAGGUUCUGAAUCUGUCUUUACAAUUUUCACUUGUGAUUCACAAGGAAGUCAGUGUUAUAGCGAAGAAGACGAAGUUUCUGUGAAAAUCUCUGUUUCAGAGGAGAAAGACGAGAACAGCAGGGUAUUUCGACUUUCUCGUGGUGAAGGUAUUGAUGAUUGCAAAGAUGGAAGUUACAGAGUUUGCUACAAACUAGGAACGGAUGCUUUAUGCCAAGUUACGAUCGAGGUGAAUGGAUGUCCUCUCAAUAAUAGUCCCUGGAAGGUUGUAGUGAUCCCACAUCGUCUAGAAUUCACACGUUUAAUUCAAUCUGGACAGGAUUCAUUCGGAAUGCCUUGGAGUAUUGCUUUCAACAAGAGUAGAGGUGAUAUCGCUGUAGCUAGUUAUAGUGACUGUCGCAUUCUUCUGUUUGACAAGCAAUGGACGCACAGCCAAAAGAUGGGAGGAGUGAGCAUUGGUCAUCCUUUGUCACUUGCUUUCUUAAGGAAUGAUGACCUCGUAUUUACUCACGAAUGGAGUGCCCAUGAAGAGCAAAUGUCCGUGUAUGCUGUAAAUGGUGGGCAUCUCAUUAGAGGCUUUAGUAAGCACCUUGUAAGGCCACUCAGCGUGUUUGUGAAAACUGAGGGUGACGGUCAGAUCAUCGUAUGUGAUUUAGGUGACAACACAAUCAAAGUCCUCUCCCCUGACGGAACAAUCUUACUGCAGUCCUUUAGUCCACCCAAAUGUAACGACUCUCCCGAAUUUGUUUUUCACAAAAAUGGGACGUUUUUUGCUUCAUAUAUUAGACAGCAUUGCGUAAAAGUCUUUAACAAUGAAGGAGUGUUUCUGUAUGACAUAGGCAGUUAUGGGUGUGGCGAAGGCCAGUUAAAUAGCCCCGCUGGACUGGCCGUUGAUGCUUAUAACCAGUUGAUUGUCUGUGACAGUGGCAAUGGAAGGGUUCAAGUGUUUUCGUUGACUGGGAAAUUUCUGUACACGAUGCAGGCUAGUGUACCUGGAAUUGCAUGUGCUCUUCAAAAGCCCUGGUUUGUUGCUGUUUCAAGUGAUAACGAAAUACUGAUUUCUGAUGUAUCUGGGCCUUGGGGUAUUUUUUAUUUUCGUUGA